AUGGACGUCACACAAGAGCUAGAUGUCAUCAUUGUAGGGGCAGGCCUCUCAGGCAUUUCUGCCCUGACCCGCGUGCGGCAAGAAUUGCCCAACGCCAAUGUUGCUGUGUUCGAAGCGGGAGACCGUGUGGGCGGCACAUGGUCCAAAAACACUUAUCCAGGUCUAAGCUGCGAUAUACCAUCUCAGCUCUACUCGUACUCGUUUGCGCCGAACUCGGACUGGUCCGAGGUGUACGCUCCCCAACUAGAGAUUCUGGCCUACAUCGAGAGCGUAGUGUCUCGCUUUGAUCAUGGAAGUCAUAUCUAUCUCGGGCAAGAGUGCACAGCAGCAGAGUGGGUAGAUGACGAAUUCCUCUGGCGCAUCCACUUCCUCGACCGGGAAUCAGGCCGCAGCUACGUCAAACAUUCGCGGUUCCUCAUCACCGCCGUCGGUUUCUGCGAUGUACCAAACGGCGCGGAAGGCAUCCGAGACAUACAGAACUUUGAUGGUAGUUUGUCCCACAGCGCUAACUGGGACCACUCGUUCGACUUUCGAGACAAGAAUGUGCUUGUGGUUGGGAAUGGGUGCUCGGCGAACCAGUUCGUCCCCUAUCUCGUCAAGCACGCGCCGAUUCGAAGCUUGGUGCAGGUCAUGAGAAGCCCGCAUUGGAUUGCACCCAAGGACGACGGCCCGGCGCCUGCAUGGCAAAAGUGGCAAGUACCCCCUUCUCCCGCCCCUGAAGUGAUCUCCCCUAACAAGCAUGGUCAGGGUGUUCCGCUCAUUCCCGCUGUCACACCGGCUGUGGAGGUGGCUGCUUAUUCCUACAUACGACGCGCGGCGCCGCGGGAGUACCACGACCUGCUGGUCCCAGACUACGACUUUGGAGCCAAGCGGCCGGUGGUGGACCACGGCUAUCUCGACGCCCUCCACGACCCAAAAGUGAAGCUCGUGAAGUCAUCCUCGCUAGCCGUCGUCGGGCCGCGUGAUGUUCAGGUUGAGGGCGGCGAGAUUUUCCAGGCGGAUGUGAUCAUCCUUGCCAACGGCUUCAAGACGCAGGAGCUCCUGACUCGCAUGGGAAUUACGGGGCUGGAUGGGGUAGAGCUCCCCAAGUUCUGGCGCGAGGAGGGAAACUUUCCUUCCGCUUAUAUGGGCAUUUCCGUGCCCGACUUCCCCAACCUCUUCCUUCUCACCGGGCCAAACACCCUCCCUGUAGGCCACUCCACCCUGGCAGGCAUCGAGUGGUCGGUGGAGUACAUUCUCCGGGUGAUUGGUCCCUUGGCCAAGGACUCCACGGCAACGAGAAGAGUCAAGGUCCAGGUCAAGCAGAGCGCUCACAAGUCCUUCAAUGAUGGGAUCCAGGCAAAAGGGCAGAGCCUUGUGGUGUCCACGGCGGGUGUGCGGAACUGGUAUGUGGAUGGCCGCUCUGGACGGAACACACUUCUUUGGCCGGGGAGGCAGCUGGCCUUUUGGUGGUCACGGUGCGUGAGGAAAGUACACUGGGGGGAUUUCGAGGUAGAGAGGAAGGAAGUUUGA